AGGGGCCGCGAAGCCCCCGCCUCCCGCAGGUCCCGGAGGCCGCGGCGUCGCGGGGAGCCAGGCUCGGGCCGGCGGCGGUUGCGCCGAGGGAGCCCGGCGGGCACAGCGCCAUGAGGGCAGACUCAGGGCUCCGGGUGGACGAGGACCACCCGCGUCCUCCACGAGCCCUUCCACCUGUGCCAAGUGCUAAUCAAGAUGAUAUUCCACUUAGUCGUCCUAAGAAAAAGAAGCCCAGAACAAAAACCACGCUAGCUAGUGCUUCUUUGGAAGGUCUUGUUCAGACUGCUGUUCACAGGCCACCUGAGGGCAGUGAGCCACCAACUAAAGACCCCAUAGAACAUCAAGAAGCUCCUGUUCAAAGGAGACAGAAGAAGACGAAGCUACCUCUUGACUUGGAGACUGCCUUUACCCAGAAGAAGACUUCUAGUCCAUCUUUAUUACCGAACGAAAAUGGUAUCAAUGUGGAGCCAGCUGAGGAGCCAGCCAUUCGAAAACCUCGAAGGAAGACAAAGAAAACCCAGCCAGCGGAAUUACAUUAUGCCAAUGAGCUAGGAGUUGAAGAUGAAGACAUAAUUACUGAUGAGCAAAGUAGUCCAGAACAACAGUCUGUAUUGACUGCACCCACUGGUAUUAGCCAGCCUGUAGGGAAAGUGUUUGUGGAAAAAAGCCGGCGAUUCCAGGCUGCUGAUCGCUCAGAGUUGAUAAAGACCACAGAAAAGAUAGAUGUGUCGAUGGACAUGAAGCCUUCCUGGACCACCAGAGAUGUUGCACUGUCAGUGAACCGGGCUUUCAGGAUGAUUGGUCUCUUUUCUCAUGGCUUCUUGGCUGGCUGUGCUGUGUGGAAUAUUGUUGUGAUAUAUGUUUUAGCAGGAGACGAGCUUUCUAACCUCUCAAACCUUCUGCAACAAUACAAGACGUUAGCAUAUCCAUUCCAGAGUCUUCUCUACUUGCUUUUGGCUCUAAGUACAGUUUCAGCUUUUGACAGGAUUGACUUUGCUAAAACAUCAGUAGCAAUCCGAAAUUUUCUUGCCCUGGAUCCAACAGCUUUAGCAUCUUUCUUGUACUUUACUGCUCUUAUAUUAUCUCUGAGUCAACAAAUGACAAGUGACAGAAUCCACCUUUACACACCUUCUUCUGUUAAUGGUAGCCUCUGGGCAGAAGGAGUUGAGGAACAGGUUCUCCAGCCAUGGAUUGUGGUGAAUCUGGUGGUGGCCCUUCUGGUUGGAUUAUCUUGGCUUUUUUUGUCUUAUAGGCCAGGCAUGGAUCUUAGUGAAGGUUAUCAUGGUCACUCUAGAAUUAGACCUCUUAGAUGUCUAAUGAUCCUGGAUUCUCUAAGUGACUUAAAUUUCCUGAGUUGAUGUUCUCCUCUGAUGUGGAAGAAUAUCCUGAUAAAGAUAAAGGAAUCAAAGCCUCUUCAUAGUGCCGACUCACCUUCAGAGUAAUUACCUAGUAUUUAGAAUUUUUCCCAUUCUUGUUUUUAAAUGUAUUUUUAUAAGAUAUUUGCAGAUGUAUUUGGAAUUGAUUUUUCGAUUAUAUAAUACUGAAGAAUUUCUCAGGAUUAUGGAAAAUGUUAAAAUGGUAUCUGUGAUUUAUUCCCAAACAUUAAUUUCUAUAGCAUUAUUGUCUUUAUGACAAAGGAGAUGCUGAGGUAGAAACCAGCAGGUGAAAGUGUUUACUUCCUGUUUUCUCAAAUUAGUUGCAUUUAUAAUCAUUAUCUUUAAAAGUACUGUAUACAGUGCUUUUAAAAAAGCCAUUACUUUAGUGUUACAAAAUCUAUAUCAGGUUUAAACAUAAAUUUAGGGAAUAGGGAAGAAGAGGGGAAAAAGGACCUUCAUUAUUUAUUUUUCAUGUCUCCUUACUGAAUAAAUUGAAAUAUGAAAUUUGUUUUUUUUGAAACUGGUUCCGUGGUUGUGUAUCAUGUAAUAAGUAUAAAAAUGUAAUGUAAUUUAGCUUGAAAGAUGCUAUAUUUCAUGACUAAUAAAAAGGAAAUGUAACUUUUA